AUGUCUACUGCGAGCCUUUUCACCGACUCAGAGGACUCCGACGUCGAGCUGUUGAACAAAAUCAACAUUAUGUCUCUCAUCGCCGAAUUCGACACCGCUCGUGCGACCCUCCUUGGUGUCCGCCCUGCGAAUACUCCAUUUCGCCAAUUGGAUCGAAAAGCAGUCGAAAAAUACAUAGAUCUGGUUCUUAGUGGUACUGGAGAGGAUGGACAGUAUACUCUGGACAUUCCAACGACUUUUCAUCAUGUACUAGAUGACCCCGAUGUGUCCGUUAUGCGCGAUAUCGAUUCUGCGUUGAUUUUCCGCGAGCACUUUCCUUGGACCAGCUCGUACGACAUCUUCACCACGUACGAGAACAAAAAGUCGGUUCAUGGCCAUCUGCAUGCUCAAGUCCGGUUCUUGGUAGGCGCAAUCUUUACAAUGUACUUGAAUCACAAAUUCACGCAUAGAUUAAAUCAGGAUAACGCAGGUACAGGAGAUCAUGAGUACCGCGACCCGGGAAACGAUCGUAAUGUUUUGUGGGGCGUUUGCGGCACAAACGGGGGUCGGAAUCGAAUCUAUCUGAUGCUUCCUGGAGCUACGGAGGAAGACAUGACUGACCUUCAUCCUCUAAUUUACGAGGCAACUUUGAACGCCGCGAAACUGCUAAAUGAAGAAGUGACUACCACAUGGAGCCCAACAUACGCCGCAGAAAUGGACCGCACUGCACGUUUCUCCCGCACACGGUUUCGUACUGAAUCUCGAAAAUCCAUAUCUGCCGAAACUGGCCGGGCCUAA